CUCUUUUUAAGGGGUGGGAGGUGUCUGCUAUUUUAUCCUUUUUAAUUUUUUUCCCCUCUGUGCGCGUGUGUGUAUACAAAUACAUCGCCUCCGCUCAGGGAGCAGGAUAUUUCAAACCCCAAACUAUGGCUUUUCAAAAAUCGCCCGAUGCCUCCAACGCCACGAGGAAAAAUCCCAGCCUCUUGGAGAUAGGAGCCUUGUGCUUGGAUUCGGAGAUCAUCUUCGGCUUCACCAGCCACCUCCUGCGGAGGAAAGCCAGGGUAAGGGGAUCUUGCGGCGGUCCGGGGGAGCUGGGUCGCGGAGGGGGUCGAGGACCGGCUCAGGGGAAGGGGGUGGCAAACUUGGCGGUGCGGAGCUGCGGGCGGCGGUGCCGGGCAGGUUUCAGCACCACGAACAGUCCUGGCGGCUCCGCGGAAGAACCGCGCUGCCGGACCCCUCCGGAGGCUUCCAGGGGACCGCGGCACCUUAUGCAGCCGGAGCUGCCCCAGUGCCCGGUUCCCGCGUCCCCCCGCAGCAGCCGGGGCCGCCCAGCCUCGCUGACACUGUCCGGGGAUGCCGGCUCGGUGUGCGACUGGGCUUUGCCUUCAUCCUUACUAAGAGAAGCUGCUGGUGGCAGGCGUUCAGCUCCUCCUUCCGAGAAGCCCAUAAACCCAGGGAUUCAGACACUGCAUUCCACUUGUCCCCAUCCACCCCCACCCCCUGACACCCCCAUCCUGAGCAGUUUAUACUGUGAGAGGGAUUAUCUUGCAGUUUGGAUGCUGGAGGCAAGAGACCUUCUCACUGGGGGAUCUGGAGUUGGGGGAGUGGGGAUUGCACAAUUAGCUGAAGGAACUGUGGUCUCCCGGGUAGCUGAGGGUGAGAGGGAUUAUCUUGCAGUUUGGAUGCUGGAGGCAAGAGACCUUCUCACUGGGGGAUCUGGAGUUGGGGGAGUGGGGAUUGCACAAUUAGCUGAAGGAACUGUGGUCUCCCGGGACCCACGAUUAUCAGCUUUAAUUUUUGACAAGCUUCAAGUGCCUGACUAUUUACAGAAAAACAGGAAUGAAGGAGAGAGCAGAUGUGAGACUUGUGCCACUCACUUGAAUCAGCUGAAGCAGGAAGCCAUUCAGAUGAUGCACACCCUGAGCCAAACCAGCUACCCGGAGAUGCCCGACCUGCCGCCCGGCGCCGGGGCGGUGGCCAGCAUGGUACCCAGGAUGGUCACUGUCUCUUCCCAGAGGCCCCUGCCACUCCUUGCUGGGCAGGUGGGCAGGCAGCCUGGCAAGUCUCCCAAUCUCUUCUCUGCGGCAGAGAGGAAGAAAGGACUCGGGUGGUCUCAAGGCGUGGGCGGUUUUCCCAACUCCAGCGUUCAAGUGACGGUGGCGCCCAGCGGUCUCAGUGGUGCCCUGAGCUCCGUCACCAUCCAGGCUCAGCAGUACCUCGAGGGCAUGUGGAGUAUCUCCAGGGUGAACAGCUUCCUGCCUCAGGCUUGUCUAGCAGAAGCAGCGCCGGAAAGCGGCCGAGACGCUCCCAGUGCUCAGGCCAGCUCGGGGCAGCAGAGCUCGGACCCGGCGGGCGGCUCGGCCGCGUCCCAGGGCGCCGUGGCUCCCGUCCCGCCAGCCACCUCGGCCGCGGCCUCCUUCUUCAUCAGAGCAGCACAGAAGCUUAACCUGUCUUCGAAGAGAAAGAAAUACCAUCCGCCCCUGCCACACACACACGACUUCUCUAUUUAUGCCACUAACUUUAGUGGCAUCCUGCAGCUCUGUCCUCCCCCAGCACCACCAUGCCUUCUGAGAGCUGUGUCCAAAAUCAAGGACAACCCUGGCAUUGGAAAGGUGAAAGUGAUGGUAAGGAUUUGUUCCUCUCAAGGAGCACACGAAACGUCUGAGUCCAUGUCCUUCCUAAAGGUAGACCCACGAAAAAAGCAAAUCACAUUUUAUGAUCCAGCAACAACUGGGCCUUCCAAUGCAGGUCACAGAAGAGGUGUUGUUGCUGUCCCAAAGAUGUUUGCCUUUGAUGCAGUUUUCCCCCAGGACGCUUCACAGGCUGAGGUAUGCUCUGGAACAGUAGCAGAAGUAAUCCAGUCUGUUGUGAAUGGUGCAGAUGGUUGCAUAUUUUGCUUUGGUCAUGUCAAGCUUGGAAAAUCUUUUACCAUGAUUGGGAAAGAUAACUCCACACAAAGCCUUGGUAUCAUUCCCUGUGCAAUUUCUUGGCUCUUCAAAUUGAUCAAUGAACGUAAAGAAAAAACUGGAACUCGUUUCUCUAUUAGAGUAUCUGCUGUAGAGAUCAGUGGCAAAGAUGAAAACCUUAAGGAUUUGUUAGCUGAAGUAGCCACUGGCAGCCUUCAGGAUGGCCAGUCUCCUGGGGUUUAUCUGAGAGAAGAUCCAAUAUGUGGAACCCAGCUUCAAAACCAAAGUGAGCUAAGGGCCCCAACAGCAGAGAAAGCUGCCUUUUUCCUUGAUGCUGCAAUUGCUGCCAGAAGCACCAGCAAGCCUGAAUGUGAGGAGGAAGAUAGGAGGAAUUCACACAUGCUCUUUACUCUUCACAUAUACCAGUAUCGCAUGGAGAAGAGUGGCAAAGGAGGAAUGUCUGGAGGACGCAGUCGUUUGCAUCUCAUAGAUCUGGGGAGCUGUGAAAAAGUGCUGAGCAAGAGCCGAGAUGGAGGAGGCUCUCUGUGUCUGUCUCUCUCUGCCCUGGGCAAUGUAAUUUUGGCCUUAAUUAAUGGUGCUAAGCAUGUGCCAUAUAAGGACAACAAGUUGACAAUGUUGUUGAGAGAAUCACUUGGGAACAUCAACUGCAGGACUACUAUGAUUGCACAUAUUUCUGACUCCCCAGCCAAUUAUGCAGAGACUCUCACCACUGUUCAGCUUGCAUCGCGAAUCCACCGCAUGAGAAAGAAGAAAUCCAAGUAUGCAUCCAGCUCGUCUGGAGGAGAGAGUUCAUGUGAAGAAGGACAUGUCCGGAGACCGCCCCAUUUGCGACCAUUCCACCCACGAACUGUUGCCCUUGACCCUGACAUUCCUGUCCUGAAUAUAUCCAGUGAUCCUGAUUAUUCCUCCAGCAGUGAACAGUCUUGUGAUACUGUCAUCUAUGUUGGUCCCAAUGGUGCAGCUUUGUCUGACAGGGAAUUGACAGAUAAUGAAGGUCCACCAGAGUUUGUUCCUAUUAUCCCGUCCCUGAAUAAGAAGAGAAAUAAAGACAAUUCUGCUAUUGGUAGGAGUUCUGACAAGGACCAUUUCAAAUGCAACACUUUUGCUGAACUGCAGGAAAGGUUGGAGUGCAUUGAUGGAAGUGAGGAACCCAUGAAGUUUGCUUGUGGAGAAAUCUCUGUUGGGUCCAAUUGUAGUCCUGUUUCUGGAAGUACAGAAAAUGCACAGUCUAAGUUGAUAAAGGAGAAAGUAUCUUCUCCUUCUGGAGGAUUUAAGAAACCAAUUCCACAAGAAACUGCAUCUCCCAAAAAAGGACAUAACCUUCCUUUCCAGGCUGUUGCACCAAGGAGUGGUAAUGGCAGCUGUCAAGAAAAUGGCACACCUCACUUAAAAGCAGAGCUUUCCAAGCUGCAGAGCAGAGCUGACAACAAAAUAAUAGACUCUAUCCUAGAGGGGGAAAGAGAGACAAUCACUGAUUCCCUGCAGAUGUCAAGGUGUAGCCCUUUGAGGAAUCCAGAGCAGAAUAAGGCCACAGGUGAAUGUGUCACUAAGGAAAAGUCCUUGUAUGUGAAGAGACCCUUGCCAAGCCCAGCGCCUCCCCCUCCACAGCAGAGAGAACGCUCCCCAAACUCCCCAGCUGGUCCCCCUCCACAGCAGAGAGAACGCUCCCCAAGCUCCCAAGCUGAGAAUUCGGAGCUGGACAAUAGCAAUGCAGUUCGGACUCCUCCCGUGGGAAUGAGCAAACAGAUGGGGAACAAACCUGAGCAGAACCCUUUAGGAAGCACAUUCCUCGUAGGUGGCAACACCCAGAGUCAGUCAGGUGCGAUAGAGGUACACAGCUUCAGGUCAGCAUUCCGAGGGAAAUGUUUUGAUCGGGAUAUACUGACCACCACAGUGACUUUGCAGCAGCCUGUUGAGCUGAAUGGAGAGGAUGAGCUUGUUUUCACAGUGGUGGAAGAGCUCUCUAUUAGUGGAAUUAUGGAUAAUGGGAGACCUUCCAGUAUCAUUAGCUUUAACAGUGACUGCUCCCUUCAGGCCCUUGCAUCGGGUUCGAGGCCGGUCAGUAUUAUCAGCAGCAUAAAUGAUGAGUUUGAUGCUUAUACCUCACAGGAGACUUCUACUGGUGUAAAUAUUGAUAUUGUUGUGCCCUUUGCUAAGGAUCCUUUUACCAGCAGCAGACGUUCCUCCAUCAGUUCAUGGCUUAGUGAAGUCAGCAUUUGUACAAUUGAAAGUGAUGGAGCUCAAUCUAGUGACAGUUUUGUAGCACAGUCAUCUUACAACUGCAGUAACUCCGAGGAACCCUUCAGCUUGGACUCAUCCCAUUUAUGUGUCCCCCUGAAAAGUGCUCUGAAUGACAGUGGAUUUUGCUUCUCUGAGCUGGAGAGUGAGAGCUUGAGUUCCAGCAAGGUUUCCUCAGGCAAAAGCCCUCAAACCUCUGAAACUACCAAAGCAUCUCAGAUAAAAAGUGCUUUUUGUGUCACUGAUCAGCCAGUAAAAAUUAAAUUUAGUAAUUCUCGUGAUGCGCCUGUGAUAGAAACAAUACAUUCUAGUCUUCCUAGGAAAAUAAAAACUACCUCUUCUGCAAUCCACAAUAAUACUGUCCUCAGCUAUAAAGAGCUGCAGAAUCCACAUGGCAUAUUUGAAGAUCCUUGGCUGUUACGCUCUGAUUAUCACUUGGAAGCAAAACCUGCAGAGUCACUGCUGUCUCCAAAACCUCACAUGUUUGGUACUGAGAAGCAGCCAGAAAAAGCUGCCCAGUGUUUUGGCACAGCAUCCAGGCCAACAAAGUCACAGACGAUGCUUGCCUGCUCGCAGAGGGUUGUGGAUGGUUGUGAAAUGGCCUGCAAAUCCUCCAGUGGAGCUGCAAAGAAGUCAGAAGCUGUGAUGAAGAUGCCACAGCUGAAGAGAGGAGCCACCACUCUGGGAGUGAUGCCAGUGUCACACACCAACAGUACUUUGCCCGAGUCUGUGACCCGAGGGAAUUCGGAUGUUCCCUUGGCCACAGGCAGCUUGAAAUCAUCCCUGGGAAAGAAGAGUGCACCACAGAAAUCAACCAUGUUGCCCAGACCAGGUGGGCCAACACCUCCAACACCUCCUGUACGUAAAUCGAGCCUGGAGCAGAAACCUGUUGGUCUGGGUAAUGGUGGGGGGAAAGCCUCUGGCCUGGACUUUGCCAGAGCUGCCACGCCAAAGGCUGAGGAUGAAGCAGAUUUGCGGUUGAAAGCUGGCUCUUACUUUAGUGAAAGUGCCAGCUGCAAAAUGAACUUGAAGGGUGACCACUCUUUGCCCAAGAUGACAUCCAGCUUAAAGGUGAAGGCAUCAAAGAGUGAAACUGUGCACCGAUACGGGAGCCACAUGUCUCUGGAGAGGUGUGACAGCCUGACAUCAGUUGGAUCCAAAGCAAGCAUGGUGAGGGACAGCGGGAGCACUGGCAGCAGCCGGGCAGGGCGCUCUGUCCCCAGGCUGGGGGUCCCUCCUGUUGCUUCCAGUAUGGGUUUGCCACUGCCCUUCACCGCCCCUGCGCCGGGUAAAAACAGCCAGGCAAAACCCACGGCUAACCAGAAGGUGCAAGCCAGUGGGAAUAAAAGCCGGGGCCUGUCUGCCAGCGGGUCCAAGUCUCUCAGCUCCUCAGUGAAGUCGCUGGCCCAGCCUGCAGGGAAGGGCUCUGGCAUGGCCCCAGGGGGGAAGGCAGCCCCCCGGGCGGUGCAGCCCGUCAGCAAACCCGGCCGCGGGACCAUCAUGGGCACCAAGCAGGCCAUGAGGGCGGCCAACAGCCGCGUCAACGAGCUGGCGGCGGGCGGCCCUGCCAAGGCGGGGCACUUCCGAGGCUCCACCGACUCCGACAGCGGCAACGACAGCGGCAUCAACCUCAGCGACGAGAAGUCGCCGGUGCCGGUGCUGCCGUCUCCCUACAGCAAGAUCACGGCGCCGCGGCGGCCGCAGCGCUACAGCAGCGGGCACGGCAGCGACAACAGCAGCGUCCUGAGCGGCGAGCUGCCGCCGGCCAUGGGCAGGACGGCUCUCUUCUACCACAGCGGCGGCAGCAGCGGCUACGAGAGCAUGAUCCGGGACAGCGAGGCCACCGGCAGCGCCUCCUCGGCACACGACUCCAUGAGCGAGAGCGGCAUGUCGUCACCGGGGCGCAUGAGGAGCCUCAAAUCCCCCAAGAAACGGUCCACAGGUCUCCAGCGUCGCAGACUGAUUCCUGCACCGUUGCCAGAUGCUGCCUCCUUAGGAAGAAAACCCAGUGUCACUGGUCAAUGGGUUGAUCUGCCACCUUUGCCAGGCACUUUGAAAGAGCCAUUUGAAAUUAAAGUUUAUGAGAUUGAUGAUGUGGAACGAUUACAGCGACACAGACAAGAGGAAACUGAGCCUUUCCAGGAUGUUGAGAAGGGUCUGAUGUAUUUCCAUACCAAGCUGAAGAUACUGGAGAGGCGCCAGCAGCGAAUCAGAGAAAUAAAGGCAAAGCACGAAUUUUUGAAGGAAGAGUUGGAAGAGACGAAGUGCAGGUUGAUGAUGGAUCCAAAUAAGUGGAAAGAAGACUUUGAAGUGGAUCCUGAUCUUGAUAAGGAGUCACAGGAGUACCUGGAGGCACUGGAACAAGUGACAGAGGAACUGGAGCAGUGUGUGAAUCUGUGCAAGUCCCAUAUCAUGAUCGUGACGUGUUUCGAUAUCGGGAUAAGCGACGCGCAGGAUGGAGCCAGGGAGGUGGAGGUUUGAAGAGAGGAUUUUCAAGGGACUGAGGAAAGUGGAGCUGGGUCGUCUGACAUGAAGAAGUAAAGGGAAAAAGUAGCUGGGAAGUGAAGGAGGAAAGGUGAAGACUAAAAAGCAACAAUGAAUGUUGUAAGAGAAAGAAACAGCUGAGGAAUGGGAAUGUUCAUAAAUCAUUUGGUGCCUCAACGUGACCUGAGCUGUACAAAGACAAAAGUAGGAUCAAGUAUUGCAUCUGGUAUUCUGGUAUUCUACCAGAGGGAAGUGAAGAAAUUUAGUACAAACCUGAUGUUAAUUAACAAACAAACAAACAAACAAACAAACAUGAAAUGGAAGUGCCUUUAAAGUUCAUUUGGUUUUCAUUUUUGUAUUUGGUGCUAGAAUUAAAGCCAGCAAACCUAAGCAGACCACAAAAUGUAUUCCUACAAAAUAUUUUAUACUGUAUAGUGUAUUUAUGAUUAUAUGUAAAAAACAAACAACAUUGUAGCAAAAGCAAUAAGUAAAUUAUGUUUUCAUACCUGAACUUGCCUUCUUGUUUCAUAGAAAAGCUGUUUUAUGUAGCAGAAUUAAAAUUGUAUUAUAAUUGUUUUCUUGGUUAGGGUUCAAGAUAUUUUUAUGAACAUUUAUCUAUUGAAAAGGAGUAUUAUGGCAUUUUGAGAUGAUUGUUUUACCUUCAGGUUUUGUAUUAUUACUUUUUCAGAUCAAAGUAAAUGUUUGUUUUCCAUUUGAUAUAUACAUAUAUAGAUAUAUAUUAACUGCUUACCUACUUCCUUGGUUACUAACCUCACUUUUCACAGACCUGGUCUUUUUUGGAGUCAUAAACUUAAUGUGAGGAAGUCUACAAAGGGCACUGUGGUUAGUUUUGGUUUUCUUUUUUCCUCUCUGACUGCAGGAAUUGAGAAUUAUGUUUAUUACCAAAACCAUAAAACAAGCAAAAAAAAGGAGCAAAAAGUUUUUGUAAAUGUUAAGUUAGGUCCAUAUUUUUAUAUAGUUUUGACUAUAAAUAUAGCAUUUGCAUUUUGAACUUUUAAGACAAAUAGUAUAUCUUUUUACAGUUUUUCUAAGGAAGGCAAACCCUCAGGAUCAAGUUUAUACAUGCUGCAUGAGAUUUGUGCUUUUUUGAAGGAGGCCACUUAAGUGUGGAAACUAUUGAUAAAUUGUUGCCAAACAAAUACUUUUGAAAAGGUUUAAUAGUGUAUGUAAUACCACAUUUCAUAAUGAAUCAUAUUUUCUAAUCAUCUUCCUUUUUAUGGUUUUUUCAAAUCCUUUGUAUAAAUAUGUAUUAUAACA